AUGCACUUCGUCCUUCCUUUUUUGUUAGGCCUAGCGUGGCUGGCCAACGCUGCCUACAUCCCUUCCCUGACCAAGAUCAAUGCAACUGACAUUGCUGCUCGCGAUGUUACCGGAUAUCACUCCGUGGCCUACUUUGUGAACUGGGGCAUUUACGCUCGCAACUUCCAGCCUCAGGAUAUUCCCGCCGAGCGACUGACCCAUGUUCUCUACGCCUUCGCCAAUGCCCAAGCCUCGGGUGAGGUGGUCCUGUCGGACACUUGGUCGGACACUGACAAGCACUACCCCACUGAUUCCUGGUCUGAUACCGGAAACAAUGUCUAUGGCUGUGUCAAGCAGCUUUUCCUACUUAAGAAGAAAAACCGUAACCUUAAGGUUCUUCUGUCGAUUGGAGGCUGGACCUAUUCUCCCAACCUUAGAACUGCCUUUGCGACUGAGGCUGGACGCCAGAAGUUUGCUGACAGUUCUGUCGAGCUGCUGAAGAACUUGGGCUUUGACGGUAUUGAUGUUGAUUUCGAGUACCCUGCCAAUGAUAAUGAAGCGGACCAAUUUGUCGAUACCCUCCGCCGUCUUCGUGGGGCCUUAGAUUCCUACAGCUCAGCCAACGCAGGAGGCUACCAUUUCUUGCUCACCACUGCAUCCCCUGCCGGCCCUGUUAACUACCAGAAAAUGCAUCUUUCACAAAUGGAUCAGUACCUUGACUUCUGGAACUUGAUGGCCUACGACUACUCCGGAAGCUGGGAUACCGUUGCCGGCCACGACGCCAACCUCCACGCAUCUAACAGCAAUCCAGCUAGCACUCCCUUUAACACGGACCAAGCGAUCGACUACUACACAUCGCACGGAGUGGCCUCUCGCAAGAUUGUCCUAGGUAUGCCUUUGUACGGCCGGUCAUUUACCAACACCAACGGUCCUGGCCAAUCUUACAGCGGUGUCGGUUCUGGUAGCUGGGAGGACGGUGUGUGGGACUACAAGGCUCUACCCCAGUCCGGCUGUGCGGUCACAAAUCUGAACCAGGAAGGCGCUAGCUACUGCUACAACCCAAGCUCGCGCUUAUUCAUGAGCUAUGACACCCCUGAGAUUGCGCUCCAAAAGGGUGAGUACAUUAAGUCUAAGGGCCUUGGUGGUGGUAUGUGGUGGGAGCUUAGCGGUGACAAGACAGGUGCUGACAGUUUGGUCACCACGGUUGUGAAUAACCUUGGAGGCACUGGCGCUCUGGACAAGAGCGAGAAUCAGCUGAGCUACCCUGCCUCCAAGUACGACAACCUCAAGGCUGGCUUCUGA